AUGUACAUCGACAAUAAGGACUCGGAUGUGGUGAUAAAAUGUGAUAACGGGGAGCUGUUUGCGCAUAGAUGCAUCCUCUCCGCCACGUGCCCCUUCUUCCGCCAACAACUCCAAAAAUCCCGGCGAAUCGAGCUGAAGGGCUACAACAAGUCCUCCGUCCACUUUUUGCUCUGUUUCCUCUACGGUGGGCUGACGGCGAUUCCGGAUGAGGUCGACACAUGGGAGGUCCUCGCCCUGGCUACUCAUCUGAAUCUGAAAGAUCUCAUCGAAGUUGAUGACGAGACACUCAUCGAAACGAUUCUCGGCUGUGAACGGCUCCAAGUCGCGUUUUCUCGGUCUCGCAGCGAAGCGGCUUUUACCGUUCUGAACAUGGUCAACGAUAUUCUGGACGUGGGAAUGCAAUACCUGAUCCACUCUUUCCAUUUGGUCAUCACCAGCAAGAGUUUUGCAGCCCAAGGAAAGGGUCUCGCCCUAAACCUGGGAAUCCUCGAAGACAUCCUCCCCACCCUGGUCCACAGCUUGUCCGCCGACGUCGCCAUCAAGUCGUACCUGGGACUAGCUGACCUGCUGACCGAGAUUCAAAGCGUCCCACCAUCUCCAAAGAAGACGCUGUCGAUUCCGAUCGAUGAGUGGAGCCCGAGGUUCUACGUUCUCGUCCGUCGGCUCUACGAACUUGUUGAUAAGCACCUGCUGCACUACGCCGCUUCGGUGAAACCGGCUACGAAAUCAAAAUCGCCGACAAAGAAGCGGAUCCAGGAUCUCGAAGAGCACAAAAUGGAACGCCAAAACACGCACACCAUCAUCCACAACGAUCCGGUGAGGACAGCAAACCUUCCAGGCCCAUCCCCGUUAAAAGACAAUGGGGAAAAGCCAAAAAGCGUGUUCAACAAGGACUGGGAUACCACAACCGAAGCCAUCGGGGAGGGUGAUAACCGCUUCGACACCUCAACGACAGGGUCCAGCGCCGAUCAAGACCACUGCUUCCGCCGAGGCCAAGAAGCGUGC